AGGAGACGCCUCGGCGGCGGGUCCGGGACCGGAGCGGGGCACGGCGCGGUUCAUCCCGCAGCGGGAUCGCUGCCACCAGGGCUCGGAGCUCGUCCUGCCUUCCAGCCGCGCAGCGGCCCUGUCCCAAGCGAUGGAGAACUACCACAUCCUGGAAGUUAUCGGCGAAGGGUCCUUUGGACGCGUGUACAAGGGGCGCCGGAAGCACAGCGCCCAGGUGGUGGCCUUGAAGUUCAUCCCCAAGGUGGGGCGGUCUGAGAAGGAGCUGAAGAACCUGCAGCGGGAAAUUGAGAUUGUGAGAGACCUCCAUCACCCCAACAUCAUCCAGAUGCUUGACAGCUUUGAGACUGCUAAGGAGGUGGUGGUAGUGACUGACUACGCAGAGGGAGAGCUCUUCCAGAUCCUGGAGGAUGAUGGGAGUUUGCCUGAGAACCAGGUCCAGAUCAUAGCUGCCCAACUCAUCUCUGCUCUCUAUUACCUGCACUCCCACCGCAUCCUGCACCGUGACAUGAAACCGCAGAACAUCCUGCUGGGCAAAGAUGGUGUUGUCAAGCUCUGUGACUUUGGGUUUGCCCGUGCCAUGAGCAUCCACACCAUGGUGCUGACGUCCAUCAAGGGUACCCCGCUGUACAUGUCACCUGAGCUGGUGGAAGAGCGGCCGUAUGACCACACAGCAGACCUGUGGUCUGUGGGCUGCAUCCUGUACGAGCUGUUUGUGGGUACUCCUCCCUUCUACACCAACAGCAUCUUCCAGCUUGUCAGCCUCAUCAUCAAGGACCCUGUCAAAUGGCCCAUGACCAUAAGCCCAGAAUUCAAGAGCUUCCUUCAGGGAUUACUAAUGAAGGACCCCCAUGAGCGCCUGUCAUGGCCAGAGCUGCUUUCUCACCCCUUCAUUGCUGGACGGGUUACUGUGAUUGAUGACACAGAAGAGCAUGGGAUUUCAAACCCCUUCACCAUCAAGCUGUCUCCAGAGCUGCAGGCCCUGAAGGAACAGCAAGUCCAUUCCAUGGUGCCCAGGAGCAGCUCGUCCAGGAUCUUGAGAAAGACCCAGCAGAAGAUGGUUGAAGAGACAAAGGAGCAACUGAAGGCAGAUGAUGCAUCUAUGAAGGAUUCUGUCAAUGGACAUCCCACACAUAGAUCCAGAGCAGCAUCAGGGAAGGCAGCCCCUGAGGAGAGGGAGCCAUUGGCUGCCUCCAAUGAGAAGAAUCUCCUGCAAGGAAAGAGCAGCACAGCAGAGUGGGAGUUUGAGGAGUCUCCUCCCAUCCCAGGGCAGCACAGCCUCUCUCAAGACUAUGAGUGGGAGUUUCUUGGAACAGGUUCCCCUCCACAGCCUGGUGCUGGCAGAGCAGAGCCCUGCAGCAGGCACAGCAUUGUGGACCUGGAGACUGAGGAGCUGGAGAGUGAUGAGGAGUGGCAGCACCUGAUUGAGGACACUGAGGCCUCCACCAUGCAGCUGAGCAUGCUUCUGAGCCUGCUGAGGGACCCAGCUUUCCAGCACUGUGUCCAGGACCGCCUGGCAGACUCUGCUCAGCAGGUGCUGGAAGGGAUGCUGGAGGGAGCCUCCCGUCUUCGUUCUGUGCUUCGUGUUAUUGGCAACCUCCUGUCUACCCAGUGUGAUGCUGAGCUGCUGGACCACUUCUGCCAAGAGCUGAAUGUGCCUCUGUCCCUGCUGUGUCUAGCCAAGCAGAUCCUGGAAAGUGGUGUCACCAAGCAGCAGCCCUGGUGUAUUGCUGUGCUGACAGACCUUCUCAUGGUGACCGAAGUUUAUUUCAGCAGUGAAUGUAGCCUGGAGGAGAGUGGGCAAAAGGACAGCCUGCAGGCCAUUCAGAAGAGUGCUGACUGCUUCCUGGCCCUGCUGCCGGAGCUGCUGGCUGUGCCAGUCGACAGUGAGAUGAGACUCUGCCAGCAAAGCCUCCUGUGCUUCACCACGCUCUGUGAGAGCCUGGACACGACAGACCCUUCUAUCUCUGCACACUUCUACACCAGGCUGCAAGAGGAGCAUCAGACCCUGCUGAACAGACUCCUUCAAGGAUGCAUCUCAGAGCAGCCUGCUCUUCGAGGUGCAGCAGUGGAAGGCAAGUCAGCCCAUGACCAGAGCCCAUGUGUGGCAGACUUCUUCCUGGCUGCAUUGGCUGCUGCAUGCAGCAUCCCCCUGGAGAGAAACAGCUGUCGGGAAGCCAAGCAGCAGAUUGCUCACGCAGUAGCUGAAAAGCUUAUGGAAGGAGAGAGUCAGCAGCUUGCAAGACUGCUGGGGAGACUGGAGGACCCAGACUGCUCCUUGAACAUCCUGAAGAUCCUCUAUGCUGGCUGCCAUGCCUACCCGAACCUGUGCCAGCACCUGGGAAGGAGCCAGCCUCUGUGGGGUUCCCUCAUGCAGCUCUUGAAGGGUGAGGUCCCUGUGGUGGAGGUGACCCAGGAGGCAGCCUGUGAAGCCUCUCUGUACCUGCUGGCCCUACUCACCCUGAAGCUUCAGGCAUCCCCUCCCAGGUGUGAGGAGAUGGUUGCCCUGGCUGUGGAUCUCAUCACCCAGUCUCCUGUUGUGUCCCUUGUGGGUGCUGCAGCAUUUCUCCUGGCACAGCUCAGUCAGCAUGGGGUGGCUUUGGAGCUCAAAAGAGAAAAGAUCCUACCAGUGGUAGCAAAUGUGCUGACUGCACCUGCUGAGCUGCAGCUCCCCCUGCCAAUGGGUGCUGGUCUCUAUGAUGGGUUCUUUUUCCUCCUGCUGAAACUCUUUGAACAGGAGGAUGUGGUCUUGGAGCAGGGCUUUGCUUCCUCUGAGCUAUGGAGCCUGGUCUGGCAUUCUGUUGCUGUGGUGCUUCAUGUGGGCACCAACAGUGCAGCGCUGGAGGGAGAUCUACCCCCUGGUUCUGGUCACCCCAUGGCAGAGCCAGACUGGAACCUCCUCUCCCCUCAAGGAACCCUGUUAUUCCUCAGCCUGGCCCUCAGCAUCUUCACUCGUGAGUCCCACCAGUGUCUGCCUCAGCUCACCCAGUCCCAUGGCAUCCUCAUGGUGAUACUGAAGAAACUGCUGUCCCCUGGCUUCUUGGCAUGCAUGGCACAGAUGCAAGCAGGAAAGGAUGAAGACCCUGAGGUUGUCCCAGAUGUGGUCAUCCAGGUCUGCCAGCUCCUUUCUUUCCCUUUUGCCCUGGAUGUGGAUAAAGACACCUUAGCACUGAUCAUGGAGGCUGUGAAAUAUACCGAGAUCCCAGCUCAGCUGCUGCAGGUCUGCACUCACCAUCUGCCCUUCUCGUUCACCGAGCUCCCCAUGGGCCUCUUGUGCCAAUUUGUGGUGUCUGAUAUACAGGUCAUAGACCAAGUGGUGAGGGAAGCUGCUGCCUCAGAGCACAUUGUUGCCUUCUUGAAGUCUGUCUUGUCCUCAGACAAUGUCAUACUCAUAAGUGACCUCCUAUCUCUCCUGACCCACGUGGCCCGGGCCUGUUCAGAGCACCUGCCCUUUCUCCAGAGGAUCCUGAGGGACUCAGAUGUGGCUGACCAGCCACUGACCUACCUGCUCAGUCACAACCAACACCUGAUACGGGCCAGAACCUGCAACUUGCUGGGCAACCUGCUCCGGCACAGCUUUUCCCCAGCGCUGCAGAGCCAGCCCGGUUGGCUGGAGAAGCUGCUGGAGUGCCUGUCGGACCCGGAGAGCAGCGUGCGCAGGGCAGCCACCUUUGCAGUGGGCAACGCCGCCUGCCACGCGUCUUGCCCGGCGGGGACGCUGGGCAGGGCCGUGCCCGCCCUGACCCGGCUGCUGAGCGACUCGCGGGCCCAGACGUGCUACAACGCGGCCUUGGCCCUGAGCAACCUGGGCCAGCGCGGGGAGGAGCUGCGGGAUCUGCUGAUCCAGAACAGAGCCCCCGACCUCCUGCUGCAGGUGACCUGCCAGGACCCGCGGAAGACCGUGCGGGAGGGAGCCCUCGAGGCACUGCGAGCCCUCAGCCAGCACCCUGGGAUCCAGCGGGUCCUGCUCUCCCUCAAAGCCACUGAGAGGCUGGCCGCGCUGGCCGUUGUCAGUCCCCAGCCGCCUUUUGCCCGGCACGACGAGUCGCUCUUUCGCCGCCAGUGCGAGCUGCUCCUCCGCCGCCUCGCAGCUCCGCCCGGCCGCUCGGGGUCCAGCCAGCUGUCGCGUACCGGCGCUGAGCGGUGACGCCCGGGCAUCCCGGGACGCCACGGACACUUCCUUCACCCUCCUCAGGCUCCAGCCGGACCUUCCUUGCAGUCCGCUUUGUCCCCCGGAGGAGGACUCUACCCGGCCGUCUUUACCCGGGGUGCCCCCCGCGGGAAGCCGGCCCUGAAAAAAAAUGCCCGUUCCUUCUGUAACCGCGCGUCUCCCGGAGCCGAAGCCGUGCCCGCACCGCCGGGCUCCGCCGCGCCGCCAGGGGCAGUACAGCCCACGGUGCGGUGGCUGCCGGGAACUGUAGUCACGUGGGCCCGCCGGCUCCCCAUGGUAACGGCGGCGGCGGGUCCGGCGGCCCCGGGCGGGCGGCCAGCAAAGAUGCUGCUGUAGAUGACUGACUGUGCCUCAAGUGCUAUGGCUCUACAUGGCGUCCUCAGGACCAGACCAUGCUAAUCAGGGCCCCAAACAGCAGAAGAGCAUUGGGCUGGAGUCAGGCAGCCUUCCGGCAGAAAGACCUCAGCCGUGCUGGCCCUG